AUGUUGCGUCUAACACGUCUCUUUCUGGAGAUGGCUCCAGAGCUGCAACUGGAAUACGUGCCGUUGCUCUUCAUGCGCACCAUCCUCGGGCCAGAUGGCGGUUUUGCCGGUGAGGAGCGCCUUAUUAAACGCGAAUUGGCUCGAAAGUACAUUGAAGAUGGUCAUGCUGUAACGCCCACAGAGGAGCUUCGACAAGGGCUCUGGUGCUUUGACCCGGACACGAAUCAGUAUGAUCGAUUUAUAGAACGAAAUGAGGAGUUUCUGGAUUUUGCCGCACGCAAGCGACAGUGGCUUGAUGUCUACUGGCGAGUGAACACAGGAUACCUGUUGUUUGGACGGCAGUCAUGGGGUCAAGGCUUUCUUAUUAACUGUCCAUUACGAAAAAAGGACGUGGCGCAGAAGCUUUGGGAACAGUACAAAGUUCGUGUGGAUCCUAGACUCGUUGAGUUUCGCGAGAAGGAUCGUCGUACAGGCAUCCAGGACCUGGGCCACAACUGGUGCUGGUUAUAUUUACCAGGGGCAGAAGAGUUAGGCAUCGACCGAGAGGUGUAUGACAACAAGCGUGUGAAGGUCCGAAUGCACAUACGCAAAAUGACAUCCAUGUACUCCCUUUACUGA